CCCUGGGGAGCGGAAAGCCUGAGGCGCCCUGGGGCCCACAAAGCGCAGGCGCAGCUGGUUGGGUGGCAGCAGCAUCAAGUAGCGGCCGUUUUGGCAACAGCAUCCUCAAGUGUAGACAGGUUCCACCUGACUUCACCCUGGAAAGUCCUUUUGAAGAAAUGGCCCUGGUGAGGGGCGGCUGGCUGUGGAGACAGAGCUCCAUCCUCCGCCGCUGGAAGCGGAACUGGUUUGCCCUCUGGCUGGACGGAACCCUGGGCUACUAUCACGAUGAGACUGCCCUGGAUGAGGAAGACCGCGUGCUCAUCCACUUCAAUGUCCGAGACAUAAAGAUUGGCCAGGAGUGCCGUGAUGUGCAGCCCCCAGAGGGGCGGAGCCGAGAUGGCCUGCUGACGGUGAACUUUCGGGAGGGCUCCCGCCUGCACCUGUGUGCAGAGACUCGGGAUGAUGCCAUAGCAUGGAAGACAGCGCUGCUGGAGGCAAACUCUACCCCGGCCCCAGCUGGAGCCACGGUACCUCCCAGGAGCCGCCGGGUUUGCCCCAAGGUCAGGUGUGUGACCCGAACAUGGAGUCCCUGUAAGGUUGAGAGGCGGAUCUGGGUACGUGUCUACAGCCCGUACCAGGACUACUAUGAGGUGGUGCCUCCCAACGCACACGAGGCUACUUAUGUCCGCAGCUACUAUGGACCGCCCUAUGCAGGCCCUGGCGGCGUGACACACGUGGUAGUGCGGGAGGAUCCGUGUUACAGUUCUGGUGCCCCACUGGCCAUGGGCAUGCUUGCCGGGGCUGCCACGGGUGCUGCGCUCGGAUCCCUUAUGUGGUCUCCGUGCUGGUUCUGAGCCCCAGGACUCAUGCGCUGGACCCUGUGCAUAGACCAACAGACCCUUCUUCCUCCUAGACACCACCUUCCACAAUCUAACCCCUGCUCCCACUUUGGCUCCUUUCUUUUCAUUAGCCCCUUCUGGAUUAGGACCAACCUUUCCACUCCCUCCUCCCCCAAUGGAAAGAAACAUUCCUAGCACAAACAUCUCAAAAACCUCAUAGUCACCACCAAACACCCCAGAAAUCUAUUAUGGAUACAUACAUAUAUUCCCUCCCCCCCAAAAAAACCCCCAGAAAUCCAUUAUGGACACAUACAUAUAUUCCCUCCCCCCCCCCAAAAAACCCCAAGAAAUCCAUUAUGGACACAUACAUAUAUUCCCCCCUUACCCCCCCCCCAAAAAAAAAAAAACCA